UGUGAAGAGAACCACCACGUAAUGGGUUUAGGAAUGCUUCUCAAAACAGUGCUGAUCAGGAACCACUAAUAUUGAAACAGGAAAAAUUAGCAGCCACGUAGCUGCCAAACUAGAGUAGCAAGCUAUGGGCAAAGUCAGUGCAUCCUUCAGCCACUAUCAACUGCGAUGCUUGAAAUGGUAUAACCACCUGUACACCAGGGCAGCUUAUGUCGUCAAUGGAGGCGAGCGCUCCACAGUCUCGACUGCUCUCUAUGAUGACUCUCCCCUUGUGUAUUUGAUACGGCUCAAAAAGCCCCUGAUCAUCUUUAGCCUUUUCUUCGAUUCGUCCAAAAAUCCCUCAUACAAUGAGAGCACUGCCUCAAGGGGGGCAACCAUCAUGGCGGACAUAAAUCACUGAUUACCAGGAUGGAUCCUCUCUCUUUCACUCGUUGCCUGUGUCUGCGUCCGUACCUUGUUGUCUUAGCCAUUCUUCUCUUCGAUUUCCUCCAGCCAAAAGCAUAGAGAGGACGAACAACGUCCAUCCCUAGACACCAUGUGGAAACCGCCGCUGAACUUCAUCACCAUACAUUACGCUUAUAUUAUCAGCCUCAGUAUUUCCUCGUUGAUCGUUCUUUAUCCUUAUGGGAAUCUGAAAGCAAUCGACGCAUACUUCUUUGGAGCCUCCGGUUGCACAGAAUCCGGACUUAAUACCUACGAUGUCAAGGAUUUGAAAACCUAUCAGCAACUGUUCAUUUAUGUCAUUCCCAUUAUAUCCCACCUCGGAUUCGUAAACAUUGCAGUAGUCCUUGUGCGUUUACAUUGGUUCAAAAAACGGCUGAACGAAUUCGCUCCUUCUCAGGUUCAACAUCGAGACGAUGUAGAAGCCAAGGCAUUCAAAACCCCUAAAGAUGUGAGGAAAUAUACUAGCAGCAAUGCGAACCCAGAUACUACUACUCCGACUGCGACAAGCACUCCUGGCAAUGCGAACGAGACAGAUGAAUCUCAGGCUCAGCCUACCAAACCUACUGGUGCGAGCAUAUCAUUUGCAGCUGAUGUGAGAGGCUAUGAUAAAUCGAAGGCUUUAUAUGUGCCACCUCCUCAGGAGCGUGACAGAGGGAGACCAAUGGUAGAAGUCGAUGAAAUAUUCAGUGAUGACGACGAAAUCGCCAAGACGAACGAUUCAAAUGCCAGAAGAAGGUCGCUCUCAGCUCGUCGCCGGAUAAUGGGUAGCUCUCGCAUUGCCAGUACUAGCACUCUUGAGAAGGUCGCUUCAUCCAUCUUCGUGCUGGAGGGGAGGCCAAGUACUAGUAAUAAACAACCUCCGCUUCAACCUUCCCUUUCUCAGCAUUUGGAUCUACCGUUGUCCUCUCAUGCAACCCUUGGGCGCAAUUCUCAGUUUCGCAACUUAACGGCUGAGGACCGAGAAAAGUUGGGCGGGAUCGAGUAUCGUAGCCUGAAACUAUUGCUCAAAAUUGUCACUGCUUACUUUUUCGGCCUUCACCUCUUUGGCGCGAUAUGUCUGCUUGGCUGGAUCCUACAUUCAGACCCGAAAUAUCGGGAGUAUCUAAGAGAGUGUGGACAGUCCCCUGUGUGGUGGGCGUUUUAUUCCUCGCAGACGAUGAUAAGUAAUCUUGGAUUCACACUCACUCCAGACUCGAUGGUCUCCUUUCGGGACGCGGAAUGGCCUAUGAUACUCAUGAGCUUCCUUGCUUAUGUCGGAAACACAUUUUACCCCUGUUUUCUCCGCUUUAUUAUCUGGACGAUGUCAUUAAUAGUCCCGAAAACAUCAUCACUGAAGGAGCCGCUCAAUUUCCUUUUAAAGCAUCCACGUAGAUGUUACACCCUCCUUUUCCCGAGUGGGACGACCUGGGCUCUUUUUUCGGGUCUUUUUGUACUUAACUUCGUGGACAUAGUUCUGAUCAUUACUCUGGACCUCGACAAUCCAGCUGUGAACGAUUUACCAAUUGGAAAGCGAAUUCUGGCUUCACUAUUCCAAGCCGCAUCCACUCGACAUACUGGAACCUCGCCAUUCAACUUGGCGAAGGUGAACCCCGCUGUUCAAGUCAGUAUAUUAGUGAUGAUGUAUGUCGCCAUCCUUCCCAUCGCACUCUCAAUACGGGCGUCCAAUACGUAUGAACAGCGGGCGCUAGGGAUAUACCCACAGGAUCGCGACUUAGACGAAUAUAACGGCAAAACUUACAUCUUGGCUCAUAUAAAGAACCAACUGACGUUUGAUUUGUGGUAUAUUUUCCUUGGUGUCUUUUGCAUCUGCGCUUCUGAAUCGAAGAAGAUCAUGGAUCCUAAUGAGCCGGCAUUCUCUGUUUUCGCGAUCUUUUUCGAAGUGACGUCUGGCUAUGGAAAUGUCGGCCUCAGUUUAGGUCAUCCCAGCGUCAACACCUCUCUAUCCGGACAGUUCAGCGUCUUUAGCAAAUUAGUGGUCUGCGCUAUGAUGCUACGCGGCCGCCAUCGCGGUUUACCAUCCCAACUGGAUCGCGCUGUCAUGCUUCCUAGCGACCGCCUUGUCGAUGACGAUGAUAAGGUUGAAACCAUUGAGACCAAGUACUCAACAAAGAUCAAGCGCUAUCACACCCAUUGAUGAAAAUGUGGAAUAGGGUCACAUGGAACUCAGACCUAGUGCCAGGGGUCGGGGAUAUUAAGUAUUUAAUUCCUGUCUCAGUUGAGAAUAAGAACCUCAUAUUUAAUUGAUUUACAUCAUACUUCUUCUUCAAUCUGGCUCUGAGACUAUUGUAUAAUGCACAAUGCAUUACAAUAUACUCAGGAUUUUCAUUUGUAUUGCAGAAUAAGCAUUCUAUUGAAUCAAAUCUAUUAUCAAAUCUUUGUAUAUAAGAUUUGAAAUAAUCAUGUUCUAGUUUCAGCUGAAUUAUAG